CGGCUUCGCGCAGCGCUCCGGGAACUUGGGAUUCGCCGGGAGGUGCGGCUGCGGCGGCGGCAGCGGCCGGCUUCCCAGGAAAAGCCAAGAUCUGAAGGUUGGAAAUAUUGGAUACGUUACUUGGGAAAGAGUAAUUCAUUUAACCAAAGCAGAGAUGGCUUAUUUAUAGGAAUAGCUUGAAGCCAGAGUCAUGGUGGAUGUAGGAAAGUGGCCAAUCUUCAGUCUGCUUUCACCUCAGGAAAUCUCAUCUAUUCGGAAAGCAUGUGUCUUUGGCACCUCAGCCAAUGAAGCACUGUAUGUCACUGAUGAUGAUGAGGUCUUCGUGUUUGGACUGAACUAUAGUAACUGUCUAGGAACUGGAGAUAACCAGAGCACACUUGUACCCAAGAAACUGGAAGCCUUAUGUGGCAAAAAAAUUAAAAGCCUUAGUUAUGGGAGUGGCCCCCAUGUUCUCCUCAGCACUGAAGAUGGAGUGGUCUACGCUUGGGGCCACAAUGGAUACAGCCAGCUGGGGAAUGGGACCACCAGUCAAGGCGUUGCUCCCAUACAAGUUUGUACCAAUCUCUUGAUCAAGCAGGUGAUUGAAGUAGCUUGUGGCUCACACCAUUCACUGGCUUUGGCAGCUGAUGGAGAGGUAUUUGCAUGGGGCUAUAACAAUUGUGGUCAGGUGGGAUCAGGAUCUACAGCAAAUCAACCAACUCCUCGAAAAGUUACAAACUGUUUACAUAUUAAGAAGGUGGUUGGCAUUGCCUGUGGUCAGACUUCCUCCAUGGCUGUUUUGGACAAUGGUGAGGUGUAUGGCUGGGGCUACAAUGGCAAUGGUCAGCUAGGCUUGGGAAACAAUGGCAACCAGCUGACCCCCGUGAGGGUGGCAGCUCUCCACAGCGUGUGUGUGAACCAGAUCGUCUGUGGCUAUGCACAUACACUAGCACUAACAGAUGAGGGCUUGCUCUAUGCCUGGGGAGCUAACACAUAUGGGCAGCUGGGAACUGGCAAUAAAAAUAAUCUGCUAAGCCCAGCACACAUCAUGGUGGAGAAAGAAAGGGUAGUAGAGAUUGCAGCCUGUCACUCCACCCACACGUCUGCGGCCAAGACCCAGGGUGGGCAUGUGUACAUGUGGGGCCAGUGCCGGGGCCAGUCCGUCAUUCUCCCUCACCUCACCCACUUCUCCUGCACCGAUGAUGUGUUUGCGUGCUUCGCCACCCCUGCUGUCUCAUGGCGCCUCCUGUCUAUAGAUCAGGAAGACUUUUUAACAGUUGCAGAAUCACUGAAGAAAGAAUUCGAUAGUCCAGAAACUGCUGAUCUGAAGUUUCGAAUUGAUGGGAAAUACAUUCAUGUCCAUAAAGCCGUGUUGAAAAUCAGGAUAUUGGGUCUUUUGGACUUGGCAACAUCUUACUGUGAAACCAGACUGAAAAAACUUUGUCAGCACAUUAUCAAGCGAGGAAUUACUGUGGAAAAUGCCUUUUCCUUAUUCUCUGCUGCAGUCAGAUAUGAUGCAGAGGAUUUAGAAGAAUUCUGCUUUAAGUUUUGCAUCAAUCAUUUGACAGAAGUCACUCAAACUGCAGCAUUUUGGCACAUGGAUGGCCCCCUGCUAAAGGAGUUCAUUGCUAAAGCCAGUAAAUGUGGAGCCUUUAAGAACUGAAGCCCGAGGCUGCUGGGCUGUGUGAGUGCUCUGGGGCACUGUGGGUGAUAUGUCCAGCUUGUGCUCUACAGGUGAUGAGAUUCUGCAGGUAAAACCCACCAGGUGGUUUUUUCCACAUUUGAGACACUGUUCUCCAUAUGAAGGAUAUUUGGUUCUCCUGGGUCCAUGUUAAACAAAUGGGUGUGUUUUUAAAUAUGACCUUUCUUGCAUAUGGGCUGGAACUUUAUGAAUGGCAUACGUUUAGCUUCUUUUUUCCUUUUUGAUGAGAAGAACUUCUGAAAUUGGAAAAAGGCUUACCUGAGGAAGGUCAGGUAGCACAGGGCCUUUGAUGUCAGGAGUUGUGUUAGUGACUGGUGACAUGAGCAGUGAUGCUCCAUGCUGAGUUAAGGAAGCCACUCUCUGCUUGACCAAGCGCUGCCUUAGUUUCCAGUCAGUACCUUUCUGUGAGAAAAGAGUCUAACUUGUGUGAGGGAUUUUUUUUUAUAUGCUUUCACUAUUGAUGACUUAAAUAAAAGGAAAAUCAACAAAUGUCAAAGGGAAUAUCUGUUUAAUGAGUUAGGCCAAUUGAAAUAAUUAAAGGUAAAUUUCUAGGUUAGCUAGAACUUAAAUCACAAUAAAAUUAAUCACACUAGAAGAGUACUAACUUAGAACUAUCCAUGAUAAGUUGAUAAUAGCAUUUUGUGUGGAUAAAGGUGAGUAUCACUUACCCACCUUUAUUUCAUUAAGGUUAAAUUGGGAGAACUUAAACUACCCCCUAUCACCUUUACCAUACAAAAUCAAGUGGCUCUCAUCUUCCUCUUAUGGCUGCUAAGCUGUGAGAUUUACAUUAUCGUGUAGAAGCGGUUUUUUUUUUCUUUUGGUGCUGGUCCUGGGGC